AACCUAAAUUUGAUAAAACUAUCUGGACCUUGCGCACUUGUAACCUUACUUUCCGUUUGAAAAAAAAAUAUGGAAUUUUCAUUUCCCUACUUUCAGUUUGAACAAGUUGAGAUCCAUUCUGAUCGAAGAAAUGUAAAAUAAAUAUAUAGGUAAAAAUGGAAGAAAAUAUUUUACACUGCAUUAUGUUUGAUCAAGACUGUUUCCUUGAUGUUCGAAUGAUUGCUGCAGACAAAAGACAGAGGCAGUGGAAUUUGGAAUUCUUACCAGAAGUAUCAGAUGUUUCUAAAUCUGAGACAAUAUACAACAGACAAGAAACACCAUCUGGUACAAAUAUUGUCACAAUAGACUAUGAAAAUGAAAUUCUCAAGUCACUUUGGAUUUCAAAUACAAUCUUACUUGGAAGUACACAUGAUGGUUUAUACUUAGAAAAGGGAUUUCCUAUACUUUGUUCAGAGGAAGGGUCAGAAGUGAAUGAAACAGACUUAGAUAUUCUUUUUGAAUACAGUGGUAUUAACAUUCAACAAGAGCAAAUUAAUUCAACAAGUAAUAUCACUUUAUGCAUUGAGAAAACAAAGUUCCAUGGAUAUGUAAAACUAAGGAUCAUUUCACCAGAACUGGUGGGCAGAACAUCUCCUGUUUACUUUCCUGCUAAGGCCUUAAAACAAAAGCUGUUCACAGACCUGAAAACAUCCAACUUCUUCAUCAGCACAAAUGUUGAUCCAGUGAUUGGAGAAUCUCCAGCACUUUGUGGUGCUAUAGAAGAUGAAUUAGGAACUCAUUAUUCAGAUUAUGUAGUUGCACUGACCAUGAAUGAAUGGCCACAAAUGGCAAAAUCCUUUAUAAACCGAGACAGACAUGGAUGGCCAAGUCCAGUUCUCAUAAAAAAUAUUGUUGAUCAAGGGUGUGGAUUUGUUGCAACUGCUCAUCCUAGUUGCAAAAAUAAUGAUUUACAAUGGCGGAUGUCAUUUGCAAAAUCUGAACAGAUUCUAGUGAGGUCCCUUAACCAUACACAGGUCAGGGCAUAUCUGUUUUUUAAAUCAUUAUUUAGGCUGCAUUUAUCAGAACCUGAGUGUUUGUCCAGCUACAUGAUGAAAAAUGUUUUGUUUUGGACCUUAGAGCUUAUCCCACCAGAUGUAUGGAGCACUGAAAAUAUUAUGUAUUGUGUUGAGUCAAUAGUUGAUAUGUUAUGUGCUUAUCUAAACGAAGCAAUCAUUCCUAAUUUUUUUCUCCCAAAUCAAAAUCUUAUUGAUCAUAUUGAAGAAAAAACAAUAAAAAAAGUAGCAGAGAAGGCUAAUGAUCUUCAAGAUAACGUUCUUGCAAUGAUCAUUAGAUAUGCAGAUUCUUCUGACUUCAAGGGCACCUACGAAGUUUCAUUAACACUUUUACGUGUAAAACUAUUGACAGAACCGGAGGAGGAAAGAGAUUCCUUGUUAAGCAUGGUAUAUUUCUCAAUGUAUCUAUACCUCAGACUUCAGGCAAGAAGAUAUCAGAUUAAACUUACCACUCAAACAAUUGAGGAAUGUUUUAAGGAAAAGCUCAAUAGUAUACACUGCAUUGUACCUCGUAAGGCAGCAUGGUAUUUGAUGAAAGCAAUAGAGCUACAACCAGACUUGUCUACAUUUAAAUUUGAUAGUGUAUGUAAUUUGUGGGAAAUAAACUUAUCCUGUAUGCGUACGAAAAUUGUAGAUUUCUGGAGGAUUCCUUUAUAUAUUGGGACUUUCAAACAAAUAGUAGAGGACCAGGAAUUCUUUACAAAUGAACAGAUUGUUUCAAUACCUAGUUUUGAAAAUUUUCUAGAAUGGGUAGAUUUGACAUGUAUAUUGGAUGGUAGACAAGAGUUCAGAUUUGACAAUCUGAAGUACCCAAUUAUACUGGACUAAUUUUUCUUGGUAAUAUUCUUUGACUAGAUUUAUUAAAAUUUCUAAUAGUGUAGUUCAUAUCUGAAUAACAAGAGUGCACACGCUGAAAUGUCUCGCCUGUUUUACUUAAGAUUGAAUUCAUGUUGAAAUAUAAAUUGAAUUAAGGGUCACUGUAUGGCCUUCAACAAUGAGCAAAACCUAUCCCGCAUAGUCAGCCAUGAAAGAUCCUGAAAUGAUAAAUGUAAAACAAAUAAAACGAGAAAACUAACGGCCUGAUUUAUGUACAAAACAAUGAAUGAAAAACAAAUAUGAUAUACAGCAUCAAACAGCAACCACUGAAUUAAAGGCUCCUGACUUGGGACAGGCACAUACAGAAAGUGGCUGGGUAAAACUAGUUUGCUGGAGCAAAACCAUCCCCCUAACCUGGGACAAUGGUGUAACAGUACAACAUAAGAAUAAACUAUAAUAAAAUGCUUUGCUGGGCACAGCUUGAUACGACCGCAGAGGUCGAACCCUGAACAGUUGAGGCAAGUAUGGACACAACAUUCAAGCUUGAUACAGCACUGAAUUUGGAUUGUGAUUAAAUAUUUGACACAGCAUAGGUUUCUGACACAGAAUGAAUGUGGUCUAAGAACUUAAA